GGCCUCUAGACCUGGCAAGAGGAUAAAUAUCAAAUAACUUCCUCCUCAUUUUGCAAGUGCACUUCAGACUAUUGAGAGUAACAGGUUUCAUACCCUAGGUAGUGCACUAAACAAAUGUAUAUGCUGUUAGUAGAAGUCAGACGUAUUGCUAAAUAACCAACCGGAUUAAACAUAUACUCUACUGCUGAGAAAACUUUGACCCAGCUGCCAGAGGUAAUGUUGAGAGCUGUGACCAAACGCCUUCUGACCAAUUCUGUCGCUGGUGGAACAACGAUGUCAUACAGCAGUCUUGCUGGAAAAGUGGCCAUAGUCACUGCUUCCACUGAUGGGAUUGGCUUGGCAGCUGCACAGGCAUUAGGCAGAAGCGGAGCUCAUGUUGUCGUCAGCAGCCGUCGACAGUCUAACGUGGACAAGGCCGUGUCGCUGUUACGCAGUGAAAACAUCCAAGUGACCGGCACUACUUGUAAUGUUGGAAACAAAGAGGACAGAGAAAAACUGAUCAACACAACUGUGGAGCAGUGUGGUGGUAUUGACAUUCUCGUGUCUAACGCAGCUGUAAACCCGUUUUUUGGAAAUAUCUUAGAUUCCACAGACGAGGUCUGGACUAAGAUUUUAGAUGUGAACGUGAAGUCUUCUUUCCUUCUGACAAAACUAGUGGUGCCUCACAUGGAGAAAAGAGGAGGUGGCUCAGUGGUCAUCGUGUCUUCAGUAGCAGGCUAUCAGCCAAUGACGGGCCUGGGUCCAUACAGCGUGAGUAAAACAGCACUGUUGGGUUUAACACGAGCUCUCGCUCCUGAACUCGCUCAGAGUAACAUCAGGGUCAACUGUGUGGCUCCAGGAAUCAUCAAGACCCGCUUCAGUUCUGCUCUUUGGCAGAGUGAAGAAAUCGCGUCUGAGUUUCUGAAGAUGCUAAGCAUAAAAAGGUUAGGGAAACCAGAGGACAUUGGAGGCGUGAUCGCUUUCUUGUGUACAGACGAUGCCUCCUACAUCACCGGAGAGACUAUUACAGUCACAGGCGGAAUGAACUGCAGACUGUAGGGGUGAAGCAUGGUGUUGAAAAUGCGCUUAAAAAGCAUUUAAUUUUGUAUAUCAUUAAUCUACUGAUGUUUAAAUGUCUAAGUAUUACUUAUGAAAUUGCGCAAUUUUUAAUA